AAAUUUAAAACAAAACUUUUAUUUUUUUUAUUAAUAAAAAAUUUCUUUAAUAAAAUAAAAUAUAAUUAUAAUAAAUUUGAAAAAUAAUCAGCAAUUAAUUGUUCCCUUGCAUUUCUGUGUCCAUCAUUUGGCUGUAAUGGUUGAGCAUCCCAAUCUUCAUUAAAAAUAUUUUGGUCUGGAUUUAAAUCAGGAUCUUGUGGUGGAAGUUCUUCAUUUCUUUCGCAUGCAAUAUUAUGCAGAACUGCCGCGGCGACAAUAAUAGCCAUACUCAUAAAUACUUAGGUCCAGGAAACAAAUUACAAAGCGGCACAUCGUUAGAUACGGACGAUAGUAUCGCGGAAAAACACGAUAUAUUAUACACUCUAAACCCGUCAAACGUUGAGAAAGCGGACGAAAUAGCGGUUGACGAAUUUUUAUCUGAUUUCAGUAACACAUAUAAUUAUCAUUCACUAAUUGGCGGCCUUGGACUACAAUUAAAACGAAAUUAUGAAAGUGUGUUCGGUCAACAGUAUCCAAUGUCGAAACAUCAUGCUGGACAAAGUGAUUAUGCUUACGCACAAAAACGUUUAAGUGAAAUUUAUAAGGAGGAAAAACAAAAAAAUAAAGACUUAAGUUGGUGGGAAUUUCAAAAAUUACAUGGAGCAGCUUUAAUGAAAGAAGCACAACAACAACGAUUAGCGAAUGGAUCCAGUAACCGCAUCGUAUCUACAACAAAUCUUAAACGAAACGCAGAAUCAAAUACAAACACAGAUACAAGUGAGAAACGAUCUCGUACACACGAUACAACACAACCAUCUACUAGUAAUACCAGUGACAUUGAUUUGGAUAACAAUAGUAUUAACUCUUCAAAUUCCAAUAUGGAUAUUGAUUCUAUGGAAACUAUUGCAAAUCCUUCAAAGGGUGGUGGCGUUACAAGUGGAGCGAGUGGUUCCGGAGGAAAGGGUGGUACUUCUUCAGGAGCAAUAAAUGGACCUGUAAUGAUAUAUAAAAAUCCCGCGACACCUUAUAUUACACGUACUUAUAGAAAAAAUUGGAUUAUAUUCAGUUAUGGUUUUGCACAUUCAUUAUUAAAAGGAGAAGAUAAUUAUAUGUUUACUACUCCGCUAGCAUUAAUUCCUGUAGAUUACUUACCCUUUUAUGUAAAUAACGCUGAAUUUUUAUUAAUGUACGGAAAGAAUGUUGCUGUGCAUUGUCGUGCGCGAGUAAAGCCUUUAGGUUGUAGAAUGAAUUUUCAAACUAGUGCUACAGACUCUAAAUGGGCUACAUCAGAAUUUGUAGCAAUUGGGCAAAGUGCUGUUGGUUUAAACUUAUGUAUACCUGGUAAAAAUAGAAAAUACACACCAAAAUCUAAAAAUCCUAUGGAAGUUGAAUCUACAUCUUAUCCAAGUAUGACAGAUUUAGGAGAAAAAAUGUAUGGUGGUUUUCCAGUUGGUACUUGGCAAGGCGCUGCAAAUUGUGUACCACGACACUUAAAUUUGUAUUACACUCCUAUGUUAGCUAAAGAUACACAACCACAAACGCAAGAUAAAUUUACUCAUAUUAAUGGUUCUCCAAAAAUAGGAUCAUAUGUAGAUCGUUUUUUAGUUAAUACGUGUAUCGGACAACCAAUUGUAAAUUACGAAUAUUUUCCUAAAAAUGGAAUAUUAACAGAUACUUAUAACGUUGAUGUAACUAAUAUUAAACAAAAAUAUCGUAUUAAAGAUGACGCAACGGUAAUAAAAUUAUCUCAAAAAAAAUUGAAUAAUGUAGUUUUAGAAGGUAAUUUUGUUCAACAAACAACCGAUGAUACGAAUAUUAAUGAAUGGGAAACAGCGAUGACUUCCAAUUGGCAUCAACAAAUAGAACAUCAUGAUACAUUUACAUGGGACAGUGGUCAUGUAACUGGGGUAUGUCAACCACAGGUGCAUGUUGGUAUUACAGCUGUUCCCGCUAUUAAUCCAGGAAGUGAAACUGUCGAUUUUCAAAACACAAGCAUCUAUUGGAGUAUAGAAACAGAACUUACAGUUCAUCAGUACCAAAAUAGCUGUUUCGAAUACGGCGUCGCGCAUACUUAUAACCCCACUUUAUAUCCCAAAGGAUAUAUAAAGAAAUACUGGAGUGGUAAUACUUUCAGUCAUCAUCCUAAUUUACACGAAGACGAACAUUAUAGUGUCAUGAGUGAUGCAUUUACCGAUACAUCUAAUUCCAUGGGUCCUACUGUGCUCCGCAGUCCGCUUACAUACCAACGACAAGAAAAAGCAGCCACACUUGAACCUCACGGAGAUGUCGCCACUGAAGAAAUUAUUUCUCCCGAUGAACGAUUCGAUCGAUCAACUCCAAUACCUAUCCCCAUUGAUGGAAACAUUAUUGACGAACGAAGAAGUUCCGGAGGACCUAUCAGACAUAUCCGACGAGGAGGGUUACACGGAACAGGCCAUACCUUCAGCAGACCUUUUACAACACUUGAAUGAUAAAAUAUUUCAGAAAAUUAAUAAUCGACAGAAGAGACAAAUAUUCAACAAGGAGAUACGCAAGCAGCUCGAGAGGAUUCCUCCUUUUCUUUACCCACACCAAACCGGUCCGGUGAGAUUCCAAGAGUCGAAAUCAACGACCAUGAGCCAGCAGAUUGGAACUUUCGACAAAUAUCGCCAAGAAUCUACGCCCGUUCCGAAAACAUCGAACAAACCAACAGUGAUGGUACAUCCUAUCAGCAUACAAUUACCAAACUCUACGAAGACCUUAAUAUAUCAUUCGAGGAUGAAACAGGCCAAUGCUUCAUUAUUCUCCGGGAACUCUCUUAGUCCAGAAUCAGCAAAAUUAUUUGAUUUAUAUAAUAAUUAUGAAUAAUUUUUAUUUUAUAAUAUAAAUUCAUUAAAUAUACAUUGUUCAGAUAAA